AUGCCGUGUUUCAGCUCGGACUGGCACGGCUGUCCAGAGCGCUUUCUUUCCCUAGGGCAGGGCGGCCGUGCACCUCCGCCCGGGCCCGGGCCCCCCCCCCCAGAUGGGGGAGGGCGCGGACCAGGGCGGGGGCCCCUGGCGGGGCGGCAGGACGAGGCCCUUCUUGGCGGGGAGGCCCCGGGCCCCGGGCCCCCGCCUGCGGCGGGCGGAGGCUGUGCGGCCCUGCUCCUCACGGUUGUCGGGAUUUUUUUUGUGGUGCAGAGUUUGCAUGCUCGUGCGUGGGUGUCCGCGCGCAGGGCGCAGAAACAGGAGUGCGCCGCCCUGCCAGUUCAGAGGAGGAAGUGGCACAGCUGCGCCGAGUGCGGGCGGAGACGGGGCAUGAUUCGAUCGCCAUGGAGCAUUCUGCCGGAGCGCGUGCCCGCCUGCCUGCCCGCCGUGCUGUGCCUCACUGUUGCCGGGCCCGGGCUUUGA